UUCAUGCGUUCUCUAACCACAGCAACCCAGCUGUGAGAUGUCUGCUGUAAAUACAUUAUUAUGAUUCCUAUUCAGCCUCAUUGAGGACAGAUAGAUCAUAUAAACGACAGCGGAGUACAGACAGAUGAUAUUAUUAUUCAUAUGAUUAAAUAAUCAGAUAAUCUUCAUCACCCAAUGCUGCAGUGAUGGAGGAUGAUGAAGAUCUGGAGACUCUGGGAGAGAAACUGUUUGAUCUGAUAUAUCCUAAAUACACUGAGAUGACACCUAAACUCACAGGUAUGCUGUUGGAGUUGCCUGCUUGUGUUGUGUCUCAGAUGUUGUAUGAUGAAGGUCUGCUGAAUAAAGCACUGGAAAGAGCACUGACCGCUCUCACAUCACCUGACAACAGUGAACCCGUGUCUCACACUGAUGAUGCGGCGUCUGUGUCCUCCGACUCUCUGGGUGAACAGCUGCAUGACCUCACUGACCUCUACAACACUGGACACACACAGAAAAUAACAGGCAUGUUAUUGGAGCAGAAGAAGGAGGCGGUGCUUCAGCUGCUGUCGGAUCAUUCGCUCCUCGAGGAACAAGUCAAAAUCGCCUUGAAAACCUUGCAGGAGCAGAGUGCCGAGGGGACAGACGUGAGUGACGGCUCUGACGGAGAGGAAGUGGAAUCCAUUGGCGAGACGCUUUUCAAUGUUAUGCAUCAGUUAGACCCCACCGGGAUGCUGCUGGAAAUGGAUUCUGGAAUGCUGAAACAGAUUCUGUCCGAACGGAGCAUGCUGGAAGUCGCAGUUCAGAGAGCAAAAAGUGCACUGGAGGGCGCGCUGAGCCCAACACACUCAGAAAUGUCAGAAUCUCUGCAGACCACGUGACUGCGAGGAACUUUCAGGCCUGAAUUGCUGUGCAUUUUACUUGUAUCAUUCAAGACAUUGUUUACAUGGACUUCCUUUUUAGGAUUUUUGACACAUUUAUUGAUAUAAAUGAGGAGGAAAAGAUUGUGAAGAAAAAAGGUGAAAUCGCAUCAUGCUGGAUUUGAACCUGCUUUACCUGCAUGAGCACCUCAGCUAAAUGUGUCUAGAGCAUGUGCAUUAACCACUAGGUCAUGGCUUUUACAUUCCAGAUGCGGCCGCACAUUUUUAUGUGCACAUUUACAUAUAAUGUAAAUAUGUUUGUAAAUAAAGAAU